CAGAAAAAUACGGCAGAGCAAGCGAAAAAGUGAAAUGGUUGAACUCAGAGUUUCAAGAAUUACUGCUGAUUUCGUUGUUUUAGCAUGUUGUGCUGUACCACUACUAAUAUUUCACAAAUGGGUUGAACCAUACAAGCGCGGCUUUUACUGUGAUGACGAAUCAAUUCGAUAUCCCUAUCGACCAUCUACUGUUUCCCGACAAAUGCUUGUUGUCAUCGGUCUCGUUAUACCGGCAAUUCUUAUUAUAACGACGGAAACAUUUCGUGCGCUAGCAUGGGAACGGAAAUGUAGAAGCGAAUUCCAGUAUUACCGGUGCCGAAGAUAUGCGAUACCACGUCUAGUUGUUCGUCUUUAUGUUUUCUUUGGAUAUUUCCUUGUUGGUGUUAUUUUCAAUCAAUUAAUGGUGGAUAUAGCGAAGUAUACCAUCGGUCGCCAUAGGCCUCAUUUUAUAGCAGUGUGCAAACCAAAGCGCAUGGGAACUCAAUAUGUCGCUGUUGGUGGAUCAAAUAGUAGUCGUACCCUAGCACUCAAACGUGUAAGUUUGAAGAGUUAA